GUAGAUAGUCUGGCUGUACGGAGUAUCGCUAAUGAUCCAGAGAACUCCUGUCCCUUGCAUAUCCAACAAUCCACAUCACUGUCAAUCAUCCGACAGGUCGAGCAAGAGACGCAAAAUAUCAUCAUCGUGGACACCGUGCGAUCAUUGAAGGAAUGGGUGGUUGACACUUCACACGUCCCCUGCAUGGACGCGAGGAGGUCCCGUGUGAUUCAAUAGUGUCAUCCGCAUCGACCGCCGCCGUCUCCGGAUCGCGGAGAAAGCCGUCGUCAUACUCCCAAAGUGGACCUUGACGCGAUCACAGACAACUGCAGAAGAUCGAUCCAUCCGACAAAAUGCCUCCAUGCUCCAAAUCUCAUGAGAUAAAACUUGCUCAGGGAGCGGAAUGUCAACCCCCUUGCGACGCGAUCAAUUGAUCCACCAUACCGAGGACGAAGGGGUUAAAUAACGCGUGCACGGCUAUUUAAGAAUGCCCGAUCUCACGAGCUAGAACUCUUGGUUCUAGAAGACUAAAUUGCACGAGACUUACCGAUAGCGAGAAUGAAGUUGUCAUGGACAGUUGUAUUCGCGCUGGCGGCACUUGCCUCAGCGCGGCCUCAGGAGCAGGAUAGGCGGACCUGGAGUCACCUCCGAUCCAACAUCAAACAUGUUGUCUACCUGAUGAUGGAGAACCACUCCUUUGACAACAUCGCCGGCUACUGGGAUUUCCACCCGGACAUCGACAACUUGCGCAAUAUCAAAUACUGCAACGAGUACACCAACCGCAACUGGACAGUGUGGGACGAACCGCUGGAGAUCUGCGCCUCUCCGUACGAGACAGAGGUGCCGCUGGAAGAUCCGGACCACGAGUUUGCCGGGGUCACAUAUGAGAUCUACCGCAAGUGGAAUGCCACCAACGACGAUGUGCCCAACAUGGGCGGCUUUGUCGAGCGACAGUCGGAUAAGUAUCACUCGUCGCCAGGGGAGUCAGGGUUUGUUAUCAAGGCGUACGAUACGAAGAAAUCAGCCACGCUGGCGGAGAUUGGCGAGAACUUUGCUUUCUUUGACUCUUAUUUCUCUGAACACCCCGGGCCCACGAACCCCAAUCGCCAAUUUGCGACGUCGGGGUCCACCUGCGGGAUGGUGGAUAACGGCAACCAGGCGGCGGGGUUCUUCAACAAUGUGACGGGAACUACAUGCGCGAAGUCCAUCUUUGAAUCUCUGAGCGAGAGGGGGAUCAGUUGGAAGAACUAUUAUGAGACGGACAUUAUAGAUGGUUGGAUGUACAAGUGGGUGCAAGACAACGCCCAAGACCACCUCGCGCACGCGGACGAGUUUUAUAGCGACCUGGAGGAGGGAACCCUGCCCACCUUCUCCUACAUCAACCCAGAGUGCUGCACGGUCGACUCGAUGCACCCGACGAGCAACAUGGCAGCGGGCGAGCAGAUGAUCAAGCACCUGUACGACGCGGUGCGGCGUUCGAAGUACUGGGACAAUGUUCUGAUCAUCAUCAAUUUCGACGAGCAUGGGGGAUUCGCCGACCACGUUCCUCCACCCGCGAACGUGCCACAGCCGGAGGACGGCAUCAGUUUCGACGGGAAGUCGGAAGGCCGCGACGUGACCUAUGACUUUACCCGGUUGGGAGUGCGGGUCCCCGCCUUUCUAAUAUCCCCCUACAUCAAAGCCAACACCCUAAUCCACGACGCGGGCACAAUGUACGCGCACGACUCCGCCUACACGCACACAUCAAUCCUACACUUCCUGCAAGAACUAUGGGGCCUGAAGGGUCUGAACAACCGGGUACAGUGGGCCAAGACAUUCGAGCACGUAUUCUCCACAAAGAAGCGAUACGAUAAGCCGGUCCAGCUGAAAACACCACGCUGGUACGGGAGUAGCUGGGAGCCGAAGCCGGAUCCAUUUUACCUGUUGAAUCAGGAUGAGGAGUAUUAUGCUCGACGGAGGGUACUUGAGAAGCAAGAAUAGAUGGUAUCAGGA